UGGGCUGCUUGGGCACAUGCCUGCCGCAGGCAAUACCUGGGCUACCGGAGGCCGUGUCCAGGGAAGGGCCCAGGUGAUUCUUUGGAUCCAGAUCGUUAGGGAAACAUGACAUGGAUGCUAGAAACUGGCCCAUCUUCUGCCUGUUCGCGUGGCUGUGGAGGCCGCAGGAGUCUCCUCUGCAGUGACUCAGCAGCAUGGCCCUGGCCGAGUUGGAGGCUGCCGGGAAGCCUCUGCCUCCAUACAUGUAGCAGCUCACCCUUCCCACUGUACGUCCGUCCUUCCUUUGCCACCUCCGGACUCCUCCUGGGCCAGCCAGACCCUCCUGGCUACCUGCGCCCCCAUUCAGACUCCUCCGCUGAGUUGCCGCGGGCUUGGGGGCAGGGCUCGGGCGCUGUCUGCGUUGGGUCUGGGUCUGGAGGGUUGGGGGAGCCUCGUGCUCGGACCUGUUGGGCGGAGUUGGGGGAGAUUGAGGAUGGAGAGGGAUGCCUCAGAUGGGGGAGAAUCGGGAAACUUCGGUCGGGUAAAAUAUGAAUCGAUCCCUCACAGUUAGCUUAACUUUCGUGUCACCAGUGGGUAGGUGUAGCCAUCUGCUGCCCAGAGAGGGCCCCUCCUAGGUCAAAAUGGGCGAGAGGACAGUGAGGAGCCCACACCAGAGAAGCUAGAGCCAGCCAGCCUGGCUCAAGACCUAGUCCGUGCGGACGCUGCCCUUUGCGGAGUCAGCAGAGUAUCCAGGGUGGCCCGAGGCAGCCGGGAUGACAGCUCUCCCCAGGAACCCUGCUGCCCGCUGAGGAACAUGAUCAGCAAGUCCCCUCCUCUGUGCAUGUGCCCUGCAGGCUGGAAGCUGCUGGCCAUGCUGGCUCUCGUGCUGGUCGUCAUGGUGUGGUAUUCCAUCUCCCGAGAAGACAGGUAUAUGGAGCUUUUUUAUUUUCCCAUCCCAGAGAAGAGGGAGCCGUGCCUCCAGGGCGAGGCAGAGAGGAAGGCCUCUAAGCUCUUUGGCAACCACUCCCGAGAUCAGCCCAUCUUCCUGCAGCUUAAGGAUUAUUUCUGGGUCAAGACACCAUCUGCCUAUGAGCUGCCUUAUGGGACCAAAGGGAGCGAAGACCUGCUCCUCCGAGUGCUAGCCAUCACCAGCCCCUCUGUGCCCGAGAGCAUCCAGAGCCUCAAGUGCCGCCGCUGCGUGGUGGUGGGCAACGGGCACCGGCUGCGGAACAGCUCACUGGGAGCUGCCAUCAACAAGUACGAUGUGGUCAUCAGAUUGAACAAUGCCCCAGUGGCUGGCUAUGAGGGCGACGUGGGCUCCAAGACCACCAUGCGUCUCUUCUACCCUGAAUCUGCCCACUUUGACCCCAAAGUGGAAAACAACCCGGACACACUUCUUGUCCUGGUAGCUUUCAAGGCAAUGGACUUCCACUGGAUCGAGACCAUCCUGAGCGAUAAGAAGCGGGUACAAAAGGGUUUUUGGAAACAGCCUCCCCUCAUCUGGGAAGUCAACCCCAAACAGAUUCGGAUUCUCAACCCCUUCUUCAUGGAGAUCACGGCUGACAAGCUGCUCAGCCUGCCAAUGCAGCAGCCACGAAAGAUCAAGCAGAAGCCCACCACGGGCCUGCUGGCCAUCACCCUGGCCCUCCACCUGUGUGACCUGGUGCACAUCGCUGGCUUUGGCUACCCAGAUGCCUACAACAAGAAGCAGACUAUUCAUUACUACGAGCAGAUCACGCUCAAGUCCAUGGUGGGGUCAGGCCACAAUGUCUCCAAGGAGGCCCUGGCCAUUAAGCGGAUGCUGGAAAUCGGAGCCGUCAAGAACCUCACGUCCUUCUGACUUGGGCGAGAGCGGCAGCCCAUCAGUUGCCUGCUCUGCUGCCUGGGUGACCCCCAUCCGUGGCUGUGCCUGAUGCCAGCACGACCACUUGGACUCACCGUCUGUUUGUGGACGGAGUCCCGGGAACGGCCAGGUCUGAGAUGAGGCCGUGCACUGGCCGCUCCUGUGGAGCCCAGAUCCAGUCAGGGUGCAGGCCCUGGGCCCCAGGCACCCGGCCAAGGCAGGGGGCUUGUUGCUGCAGCACCUCCGCUCUGCCCGCACCGAGAGAUUAUUUAACGGGCUAUUUAACUAUAGGGUAGGAAGGUGCUGUGGGCUGGUCCCGUGGCAUCUAGGAAAGAGGCCAGUACAGUGUUCUGCCCACUUUUUAUAAACUUACAUGUGAUGGGCCUACGAAGGCCUAGACACAGAGCCGGUCUCCCGGGACGGUGAGGACAUCGCGAGAUUGGGUGCGUGCCCUCCAGAGAGGGGCUGCUACCUCCCAGCAGGCAUGGGGAGAGCACUGGUAUGGGGGCUCCACUGAGAAGGAGACCUCAUUGGAAAAAGAGGUUAAAAACCCACCAUUAAACUAUUUUUCCUAAAACGGAA